AUGCGUCUAUACCAACCCGCGUUCGGCAUCCUCUCCUUCCUCCGCCUCGCUGCCGCAUAUACCGCCCUCUCCGACGAGACCCUUAAGUCUCUACCCGGUCCCGGCGACGACUUCGACAUUCACAACGGCGCCCUCCUCGCGCCUAUUCUAAUUCCCCGCGUCCCGGGAACAGAGGGCUCCACCGCCGUUCUCAACCACUUCGUCGACUUCUUCCGCACCACGCUCCCAGACUGGGAGCUCGAGUUCCAGAACUCCACCUCGACGACUCCGCUAGAUCGCAACAAACAGGUGCCAUUUGUGAACCUUAUCGCUACACGCGACCCGCCGUGGACGCAGCCGGGGGAGGUGGGACGGCUUGCGCUGGUCGCGCAUUACGAUAGUAAAGUCACACCGCAUGGGUUUAUUGGCGCGACGGACAGCGCGGCGCCUUGCGCUAUGUUGCUGCAUGCUGCGCGGAUUCUGGACCAUGCAUUGACGAAGAAGUGGGAGGCUAUGCAGAAGGAGAAUAAUGUGGGAUUGGAAGACGAGAGGGGCGUGCAGAUUAUAUUGCUGGAUGGGGAGGAGGCGUUUCAGAGCUGGACAGAUACCGAUUCGCUGUAUGGGGCACGAGCACUGGCAGAAGCAUGGGAGCAGCAACUGCAUCCCGCCAUGUCGACGUAUCAGAAUCCCAUACGCUCUAUAUCGCUGUUUUUACUCCUCGACCUUCUCGGCGCGAAGAACCCAACGGUACCGUCAUAUUUCAAGACGACACACUGGGCCUACAAGAACAUGGCUCAUCUUGAAACCCGCCUCCGUACCCUCAAGCAGUUGAGAUCCUCGCCCAACCACCAUUCGAGAGCAAGAGGUAAUGCGCCAGCAAAGAGAGAGCCGGUCUUCUUGAACGAGGCGAACAAGAAGGAUGAAAGGUUCAUGGGCUGGAUGGUGCAGGACGAUCAUAUACCAUUCAUGGCGCGAGGAGUUGAGGUGCUACAUAUUAUACCAACACCCUUUCCGAGGGUAUGGCAUGAGAUGGACGAUGAUGGCGACCAUCUAGAUUUAGACACGGUUGAGGACUGGGCAAAGCUUGUCACGGCAUUCGCAGGAGAAUGGAUGGAACUGGAAGGAUUCUUCGACACGUCAGGCAAGAGAGACGAAGUCUUAGAGAAAGCCGCAAGCGAUAGGAAAAAGCGAAAACUCGAUAUCAGUAGGGAUGAAUUGUGA